AUCAAAGCCAGCAAGCACUUUCACACAGCUAGGUGAAUGGGCGAGGGAGAGUACCGAUCCACUGAAGGCAGAACACUUUCGUUUUCACUGGGAAAAUACUUUAUGUUAUUAUUGAUCAACAUUGCUGGCGCUAAAAUUAGCUUUCUGUUACUCUCCUGUCAGUCUACACUUGCAUUCUGGUCAGAAGAGAAGCUCAACAGUGACAGGACCUGAAGAUCUCUUAAAAACAACGACAGUGUAGCGACAGUCAACGCUUCAAGAUGUUGUCGAGUGACUGCAGUGGACAAGUUCUAAGAUACUCAAGAGAAGAACUACUGUCCCUGCGGUCAGCGCCUUCCUGUCUAAAGACACCGCCUCCAACGGUUCCAGAUUUCGUUCCCUUGCAAGAAAGAAAUGGAAGGGUAGAGGACAAAGAAAGAAAAUUGGAACCUCUCAGGUGGAAUCGUGGUAGACAUACACAGUCUACAAGACCAAGCCAACAAUACACGCGCCAUCGAGGAGGAGAGGAAGCAGGGACAGCAGAAAAUGUUCGAGAAAGAGAGUUGACAAAAAGAGGGGGCUAUAGGCUAGAGCAGACAAAUCCAAUCAGACCACGAAAUAGACCUUUUGAUGUAGAUUACUACUUUUCAUGUCAAGACGACAUAGAACUAAUUUUAAAGCUUUACAAAAACAUAGAGGAAUUCGAAGCUUAUUUGAAAUUGACCUCCAUUAGCAUCUCUUGUGUUGAAAAGUUGGUGAAGAUUUUACACAAAGUCCUUGCCUGCGACAUUCAACGUGAAAGCCUUCUCAAGAUCUUACAAGUUGUCUGCACGUCUCGGUUUCUGGACGUACACCUUCAGACGUACUUAGACCAUCUUCAGAAAUGCUCCAGAAAUGAAGUUUUCAAACAGGACAUCAUAGAAGCAGUCGAGAAAAUUUUAGAUCUUUUGUCUAACAUUUGCCACAGAUUGCCUUCAGAGAGAAUGAAGGUUUAUUUGCUAUUGAACUACAUCAAGAGUCUAGAAAAACUCGCUACCGUCAUUAUCAUCACUCCAGUUGUUGGAACACAUUUCGAGGAGGUGCUGGCACAGAGUCAGAAGCCAAUAACGAUGCAAAGAACAGCGCUGACAAAGACAGAUACAGGCAAUGAAGACGAUAAAACACCAUCGGAAGACUUCGUUGACAUUCCUGUUUUUCCUGAUGGAAGAGAUCUCGACUUCUCGAAAAUGCCUUUCUUAAGGCCUAGUAAAACAGUUGGAACGUUUAAGGAUGCUCAUCAUUACCUGGAUGUUCAUUUCCGUUUGCUAAGAGAGGAUUUUCUUCGCCCUCUUCGGAAUGGUAUUAAAAACGUGAAAUCUGAAGAAGCCAGUGGCUUUCGUCCAAACAAUGUCGAUGUAAGGUUGUAUCAAAAUGUACGCAUAAUCGGCAUAGCUCCUGGGGACACCCUUGAUUAUGUCAUACAGUUUGAUGUAAAGCCAUUUAAAAAAGUCAGAUGGCAGUCGUCAAAGAGGCUCAUCUUUGGGUCACUUGUCUGCUUGAGUGAUGAUCACUUCGACACGGUCUUCUUUGCUGUCAUCACCAAGAGGGAUGUCGAGAAACUUCAGGAAGGAAUCAUUCACGUCUGCUUCGAAACCCAGGCAGGGGAGGUCGCAGGACUGCCUCCGGACAGCAUCUUCACCAUGGUGGAGUCGGUGUCCUACUUCGAAGCUAACCGCCAUGUGCUGGAGGGUCUCAAAGAAAUGAAAGACAUGGUGCCAAUGUCCCGCUACCUUGUUGAAUGUCACAAAGAGGUUAUCCCUCCAAAGUAUUUGACUGCUUCUGGAAACAUAGUAACUAUGAAACUCACAGCUCUGAUAGGUCCAGCGAGCCAGGCAAAUGUGGAAAAUGUGCCUGUGACAGACUUCAGCGCAUGGCCAUCAGAUACAGACUGUGAGCUCAACGCAUCACAGCUAGAAUCUGUCAAGAUGGCAUUGACCAAAGAGCUGGCAAUCAUCCAAGGGCCUCCAGGAACUGGUAAAACCUACGUGGGGUUGAAGAUUGUCCAGGUGUUGCUGGACAAUGCAAGCGUCUGGAAUUUAAACUCUGAGACCAAGCCCAUUCUUAUUGUCUGUCACACCAAUCAUGCUCUGGACCAGUUUCUAGAAGGCAUUGUAAACUUUUGUUCCGAAGGCAUAGUGCGGGUAGGAAGUCGCAGUCAGAGUGAAGCCCUGUCUCCUUUUAGCAUCAGCCAGCAUCGACAAAAUGUGAAAGAAAAACGAGACAUUAAGGCGAGAAACCUUUCCUCAAGCAUCUACCAAUGUUAUGAGCGGAUGAAAGAAAUAGCAAAGCUCAUCACGGAGACUCGAGGACGGCUAACAAAGAUGUUCUCCGACAUCUUAAAAGCAGAGGAUCUGGAAUCCCAUAUUCUGCCAUACCAUUAUCAAUCAUUGAUGAGCAAAUCGAUCACCAUGGGGAUGUCUUUGAUGGCUGUUUGGCUUUGUGGGGGGAUGACUGUCAGAAACGAAGACUGCGAUUCGGAAGCUGACCGCUACGACCACUUAGUCCAAAAGGUGACAUCACUAAUUCUCGAGAAACAGACUGUUGUUGACCAUGGUGGUGUACUUGACGACAUCUAUUCUGAAGAUUUGCCAAUUCGCGCUCAGAUGUACAGGUCGUGGCUAAAGAAAACAAAAGCACGGCUCGCUCGUGAGGUGAAGGAGGCAAAAGAUGCUGAUCUCACCCCAAAGGUCUUGGAGGAGUGGCUAGAAGCAGCAGAGGUAGAAAUACUGCCUGACCACAUCCUGCAGCCUGAUGUAGACGAGUCUCUAUUUGAAGCCAUCACGUGCCGUGAGGACCUCCCCCGUGACAUCUUUGCUCCAUACUUUAUUCGUUUCUGGCUUGGUAUAGACGAAAGCAGCAGGAAUUGUGAAGAUCUUGAGUAUGUCCUGAAUGAACUACUAGAAGCCCAACAGUUCAGCAUUAACAUAGAUGAUUGUUACCGAGAUAGUGAGGAAAUCAUCGACUCAUCGCUUGAUGAGUGGAAUUCUCAUCCCACGUUUUCAACAUGCUACGACCAAGUUGAACAGAAUACUGCUUCUCAGAGACACUCAGAGAUGAUGGAAAUCAGAGUUGACACAAAAGAACUAAAUAUAGAUGAAGCCGAAUUUCUUCAGAAUCAGCGCCUCUUGGAAGAAGACGAAAAUGAUGAUGUCAUUCCUCAAAUGUUUGCAGAUGAUGAGUCUCAAGAGGGUAUCAGUGACCAGAGUGACUCCGUAUGGGUAGUUCCAAAGAAACAGAGGCGAAGGCACUUUCGAAAAAUUCUUCACCUUGCAAAAACGCUGACACCAAUGUCAGACGAAGAAGCCGCCAUGAUUGUCAACGUGUGGAACGUUAGUCUUGACACGAGCACCCGCGUCAGGUUGUAUCUGUCCUGGCUUCAAAAAUAUCGUAAACAACUCACAAACACCAUUACAAAGUUGGCUGACUCCUACGCAACGGAGUCGAGGAUUUUGUCAGAUCUCAGACUUGAGAGGGACGGCCUUAUUUUAAAGACUGCCAAGAUCAUUGGCAUGACUUCCAGUGCAUCGGCAAGAUGUCGCCGUCUGCUUGCAACAGUCGGUUGUCCAAUUGUCGUUAUGGAAGAGGCGGCAGAGGUUCUGGAAGCUCACGUGGUCACCACAUUGAGUAGCUCCUGUCAGCAUCUGAUCCUGAUAGGUGACCACCAGCAGCUGCGACCCUCGCCCACUGUGUACGAGCUGUGUCAUGACUACCAUCUCGACCUGUCGCUCUUCGAACGUCUGGUCAACAACGGCCUGCCGCACUCCACCCUCGCCAUGCAGCACCGCAUGCGACCUGAGGUCUCGCGUCUCGUGCGGCACGUGUACCCUAACCUCCAAGACCAUCCGAAGACAUGUGGCAGGCCACACGUGAGAGGGAUGAAGCACGAUGUAUUUUUCUUCCAUCACGAGGUUGAAGAAGACAAUGACAUCGAUGGCAAAAGCAAAUUCAAUAAUUAUGAGGCUCAACUCUGCCUGGCCUUGUGCCGCCACCUUUUAUAUCAGGGUUACUCUGAGGAUUCCAUCACCAUUCUGGUUGCUUACAGCGGCCAGAUACUGGCAAUAAGAAAAUAUCUGAUGGCUGAGAAACAGCUUUAUUCUGGUGUGCGUGUGACAUCUAUCGACAACUACCAGGGGGAAGAGAAUGAUAUCAUCAUCUUAUCGUUGGUGCGCAGCAACAAAGAGGGCAAAGUGGGUUUUCUGCAGACCGACAACCGGGUCUGUGUGGCUCUGUCACGAGCUAAGAUAGGCCUGUAUGCCUUGGGAAACUUCAGGAUCUUGUCGGCCAAGAGUCAGUUGUGGCAGAUGAUUAUCGCGACAGCCAGAGAGCAUGAGCAGUUCGGAAGAGACCUGGUCAUCUGUUGCGACAACCACCCGGACACAGAAAUACUAGUUGCCUCUGCUGAGGACUUCAAGAAGUCUCCAGAAGGAGGGUGUGUGCUGCCAUGUGCAGCCCAACUCAAGUGUGGACACACCUGUCGCUUGUUCUGUCACUCCUAUGACAAAAAUCACGAGAAGUACAGAUGUAUGGAAAGCUGUCAAAAGGUUUUGUGUGACCUGGGCCACAAGUGUCCACAGAAAUGCUGUGACCCAUGCCAGAAGUGUCAGAGGAUCCUCAGUAAGGUCGUACCAGGAUGUUCUCACAGCAUCUCUAUUGCAUGCUCCACCACACCUGUUCAGACGAUGUGUUGGGAGAGAUGUCAGCAAAUUCUUUCUUGUGGACACAGGUGCAGCGGCAAAUGUGGAACUUGUUACAGGCAGUCGAAACACGAAUGUAGCGAAAAGGUUGAGCGUCAUUGGCCCUGUGGUCACAUGAACAUCACCCGUUGUGAUGUCGAUCCAAAAGAAAACUCCUGUCCAAGUAAAUGUGAAGCAACCCUAAAAUGCGGUCACGCAUGUCCUGCCUCUUGUGGAAAAUGUUUUGCAGGAACAUCGCAUGAAGACUGUAGAGAAAAGUGCCUGACUCUCCUCCCCGGCUGUGGCCACAGGUGCGAAGGCAGGUGUGGCGACCCCUGUCCACCCUGCCAAAGAAAGUGCAAGGUUGUGUGCAAGCAUGCAAGGUGUGGCCACCCGUGUCACUAUGCUUGCCUACCCUGUUUAAAACGUUGCCCUUUCGGGUGUCCUCACAAGCCUUGUCAUGCAGUAUGCUCGAAUCCAUGCAAACCGUGCAUGAAGAGAUGCACAAGGAGGUUGAAGUGCAAACACAAGUGCGCGGGUAAGUGCAAAGAAGUCUGCUUCUGCUAUGGUUGCGAACGAGAGAACUUCGUCUUCUGGCCACCGAACGCAGGAAAAAAGAGAAUGCCGGGGCGUUUCGAGAACAUGAUGAAGCUGCCGAAAUGUGGCCACAUUUUUACAACUUCAUCCCUAGAUGAAUAUGUAGAAGAGAAAACAGAGGCGCUUCCAUACGAAACUAGCCUCCCCUGUCCUGCCUGUAAAACACCUUUCUACGCCUGGGACACGUGGCGGUAUCUUGAACGCCUGACAUUGCAUCAGGAAAAUCUCAGAAAGAAUAAAGAAUUAAAUCUUCAUUCUGACACGGACUGGUGUACCGAGACAUAUUAGAAGAAGAAUAAUCAAAGAACAAACUGGAGAAUGACAUUAGCGAAUGGACCCAGUAGGCUCUCCCUUCUGAGAAAGAAGCAUUUGUAUGUAUUCACCUUGCGAGGAGGGAUGCUCUCAGAGAACAAUCUUUCUGUGUGAUUUCUGAGACAGACCAUUAAAACCUUUACAAGAAAUAACUAAGUAAAAAAUGUAAAAUGAAUGUAAAUAAUUCUGCUGUUUUGUAUCUAUUAUGAAUAGAUUUUGCUCGCUAUUUUUGGUUAAAAUACUGUGAGUGUGAACUCAUUAUUAGUUUAGUUAGUUUAUUCCUUGUUACUCCUCGAAGAGUAUAUGGACGCAAGUGAACUCAUGAUGGCUAAACUUUGUCAUAUGGUAUUUCGUGUAUGUACCCCAUCCACGAUGCUCACUUGCUAAUGUAGAAAUCUAUUUCUUGCUUUGUGCUAUACAUAGGCGGCAGUGAACCCAGGGCUUCGGGUUCGAUGUGUUUUGUUGAAUCAUUUUGUCGACACCCAGCAGCAAUACACUCGUCUGGUCAGCCCAGGCAAAUGUUUGUAUCUUGGAGAAAGAAUCAGCGAGUGACUGUGACUGUAUGGUCGGAGUAAUUAGUUCCUAACACAAUGUUGGGUGUGGCUGGAGCACUUAUACCUGGUGGGGUAUGUGGAUGUGUGAAGAAUGCUUUCGUGAAGUCCUUUGUACAAUCUACCACAGCGCUCUUAUGCAGAACAAAUAUACUCUGUGUAUGUGUAAGUGUAAGUCUAUGACUAUGGGUGUGCAAGGUGUAGCAAUAUUUUAUUUAGUUUAUUACUUGUGUAAACUGUCAACAUUGGAACAUUCUGUUGUGAACAGAAGUAGACAAUAAAGAUGUAUUGUGUACUAGUAAAA